AUGGCGAUGAGAAUAGUUGGUCUGCCCCUCCGGGGGCUGGAGUUCGUGUUCACCGUCAUUGUGAUGGCGCUCGUCGGCAACAUCAUUGCCCAGGCCUUUGCGGGCAACCCGGCGACCAUCAACUAUGCCAUGUUCUGCGCCGCCUUCUCCAUGGUCUCGCUUUUCUAUCUGAUCCCGGCGACCUGGAACGACGGCCUGGCCGGCCAUCCGAUCAUAGUGAUUAUAGUCGACCUUCUCAACGCCAUCUUCUUCCUAACUUCGGGCAUUGCGUUGGCCGCGAGACUCCAGGCACACAGCUGCACCAACAACAACUACCUGGCCCACAACGAGGUCACCAACGGAUCCCUCCACCACCGCGAAAAGCGCUGCCGCGAGGCCCAGGCCACCGACGCCUUUCUGUGGUUCGCAUGGGCCGCCUACACGGCGUCCCUGAUCCUGUCGAUUAUCAAUGCGCGAUCCAGCACGAAUCUGCGACCGUCGCGGCCCAACAUCCGGCGACCGGGAAUGGCACAGGUCUAA